AUGAGGGUCGCCAUCCGCGAGCAGCUUGCUGCGCUCGUCAUCAUCGCGGUGAUGGUUGCGCUGGCCAUCGUCUCCAUCCCGACCUGGAUCUUUGUGAACCACUUUGUCGGAGACGUUGAGUCUACCGGCCUCGCUCUGACGGCCUCGCUCAAGGCUGCGCGCAUUUCCUCGGAAAUCGACCUGCUCCAGACCACCUGCGAGAAUGUCGCCUCGCGCAUCUUGAUCCAAGGCGCCUUCAGCAGCUUCUACGCCGGCAACCACUCGGAAAGCAACUGGGACCUCGCCCAGCAGGAUAUGCAGAGCGCCCUCGGCGCUGGUGGCUUCACCACGCUCUUCCAGUCCCGGCUCUACUCGCGCAACACGAGCGGCCGCGCCACGGGGCUCCUCAAUGUCACCGGCAACGGCAUCGGCUCCAUCGAACUGCCCUACGAGAACGGCAAUGGUUCGCGCGUCUAUCUCGGCGACCCAGACCUCGGCUACCCGCCAACGCUCUACCCCAACAUCACCUACAACGACACCGGUAUGCCCAGCAGCAUUGACAACACCACCAACGCCUUCACCGCCACGGCGUUCCCCGACGUCAAACUCACAAACAACGGCGGGCUGCUCCUCGGGCCUCUCAUCAUCAACUCGUCCUUUGCGCUCGUCUCGCUCACUGUACCCAUACGGCAGAACAGCAAUACGUUCCUUCUCGGCUACAUGACCGUCGUCGCGUCGGCCACAAGUCUCAUCGAUACACAGACAACACCAGAAGGGUUGGGCCAAUCGGGCGUCGUCCUCAUUGUUGGUCCCAACACCCCGUGGAACCGCUUCAACCUCACCGACCCGGCGAGCAACAACACGUACGUCCCCGAAGACCGCGACGAUUUCGGCGAGAACGAAGUCCACUUCAUCCUGCCGCCCAUCGCCUCCGCAUCCGGCGCCGAUCGGCACAACAACUACGACUUCAAGUCCGGCAGCUAUACAGACACCUUCAAAAUGAGCAAAUACCCAUCGGUGCUCGACGCCUUUGCCGAGCAGACAAACACCGUCAACAACGCCACAGCCACCUUGUCGACCACCAACGAGCAGGGCUACGACGUCGCCGUGGGAUACGCGCGACCGCAGUCGACGCUGGUGACGUGGGCCGUGCUGGUGGAGCAGGCGCACUCGGAAGCCUAUGCGCCCGUCGUCACCCUGCGCAAGAUCCUCCUCGGCACCGUCUUUGGCACCGCCGGGUUUGUCAUACUGGUCGUCUUCCCAUGCGCCCACUUGAGCGUCAAGCCGAUUCGCGAGCUCAAGGAUGCCACCGAAAAGUCCAUUGCGCCACCCGGCUACGCCGACGACGACGAGCUGCCCAGCUCCGGCACGCGGUCGUCUCGCUCGCGCAUCUCAGACCACGCCUGGUUUGUGCGUCUGCGUACCAUGCUGGGCUUGCAUCGCGUCAAAACGCCGCAUCCUUCCGACGGCAGAGAAGGCGGCAGUGGCCAUGCCAUCUUCAAGAUCCCCGGCCACGUCCCUGAGCGGAAGCACAUCAUCACGGACGAACUUACCGAGCUGACCACCACGUUCAACGCCAUGACCGACGAGCUGUACAAGCAGUACGAAUCGCUGGACGAAAAGGUGGCUCUGCGGACGCGCGAGCUGGAGAUUAGCAAAAAGGCCGCCGAGGCUGCCAACGAGAGUAAGACUCUCUUUAUUGCCAACAUCUCACACGAGCUCAAGACGCCCUUGAACGGCAUCAUGGGCAUGUGCGCCGUCUGCAUGGAGGAGGACGACAUUGUCCGCAUCAAGCAGUCGCUCAAGACCCUCUACAAGUCGGGUGACCUGCUGCUUCAUUUGCUCGAGGACCUGUUGAGUUUCUCCAAGAACCAGAUCGGCCACCAGGUCAGCCUCGAGGAGCGCGAGUUCCGCCUCGGCGACAUUCGCUCGCAAGUCUUGUCCAUCUUUGACAAGCAAGUGCGCGAGGGCCGCAUCACCUUUAAUGUCAGCUACAUUGGCUCCACCGACCCAUUGGAUCAGCAGGGCACAGUCCCUCUUCCUCCUGCCGGAGCAGCAGCAGCAGCAGCAGCAGCAGACUUGGGCGCCGUCGUCGUCGCCGACAACGGCCUCACCAACCUCCCCAGCGUAGCCGCCUCCGAGCGGACCAGCUUCGACCGCCGCUUGCCCGCCCUGGGCCCGGCCGGCGUUGGGCGCUUAAAAGACAUGUGCCUCUGGGGCGACCAGCAGCGCAUCCUGCAGGUUAUUAUCAACCUUGUCAGCAACAGCAUCAAGUUCACGCCCGCCUCGGGCGCCGUCGACCUGCGCAUUCGCUGUGUCGGCGAGGCCGAGCAUUUCGAGGAAAGCCGCUCCUCGUCCUUCUCCAAGUCGGGAUCCCACCGGGGCGGCCGCUCACGACACCGUAUCGGCUCGUCGUCCACACACUCACAAAGCUCCAAGAAUGGUGCCAACGGCGGCAGCGGCUCCAUCUCGACGACCACCGGCACAACCCUCUACAAGGGCACAGCAUCUGGCACCGCCAUUGCCAUCAACCCGAUCGGUCCCAAGUCGACGACGACCGGACAGUACCGCAUUCGCGAACGCUCACCCACGCCCCCGCCGCCGGGCUCCAAGACGUUUAUUUUCGAGUUUGAGGUCCAAGACACCGGUCCGGGCAUUCCCCAGCACAUGCAAGAAAAGGUCUUUGAGCCGUUUGUGCAGGGCGACCUGGGCCUGAGCAAGAAGUUUGGAGGCACCGGUCUCGGUCUGAGCAUCUGCCAGCAGCUGGCUACGCUGAUGGGCGGCACCGUGACACUCAAGAGCACGCCUGGCAUCGGGACGAUCUUUACCAUGCGGAUUCCGCUCAAAUACGUCAAGGACAGCUUAAAGUCCCGGCCACCGAGUGUCAGCUCGGCCGAUGGCGGCGACAACCGUCGCAAUUCGUUCCCGAAGCAGGCGGUCGACCCCAGCGCCAAGGCAAAACAGCCGCCGGUUCUCGACAAGCAGGCACGUUUGGUUGGUUUGAGUCAGCCGUUCUUCGUCGCCAACCCACCUCAUACUGCCGCUGCCACCGAGCAAAGCAAGGCCGACCAGCUGGCCGCGCUGGACCGGGCCGUGGCCAACAAGGCAGACAGCCAGGCGCGGGUCCGCGUCCUGGUGGCCGACGACAACUCCACCAACAUUGAAGUCGUCAGCCGCAUGCUGAAGCUCGAGGACAUUUACGACGUCACCAUUGCCAAGGACGGCCAGGAAGCCUAUGAUUUGGUCAAGGCCAACAUGGAAAAGAACCAGCGCUUCGAUGUGAUUUUCAUGGACGUUCAGAUGCCCAACCUCGACGGCCUGCAGUCCACGCGCCUGAUCCGCAAAAUGGGCUACUCGGCGCCCAUUGUCGCCCUCACCGCCUUCUCUGAAGAGAGCAACGUCAAGGAGUGCAUGGAGUCCGGCAUGGACGAGUUUUUGAGCAAGCCCAUCCGGCGGCCCGCCCUCAAGCAGGUCCUGCAAAAGUUUGCCACGAUCCCCGAAGAGCCCGAGCCGACGUCCUCGACGCGGCGCACCACGCCCACCCGGACGACACAGACGACCCAGACGACGCACGCCGUCGACGUUCCCAAUAAUGCACCCAAAAAGGCGCCCAAUCCAGCGCAUCUCGACAAGGAGGGCGAGACGCUGAAUGAAAAGGCUGACCUUCCCGCACACCAACCCCAACCCCAACCCCAACCCCCCGACCUCUCCAACUCUGCGCCGACCGUGGCAAACGGCGUGAGCACGACGAUUGCGACGCCGCCCGAGACGCCUCUCGAAUUUGACCGCAGCCUCGGGAAGCCGCCAAUAGAGAAGGCUUGA